GUCCCACUCCCACUCCCACCACUGCCACAGAGCAGCUGAGGUGAGAGGGCGGCCCUUGUCAGCGUGUAUCACAGAUCAAACCCGAUGCGACUCAUCGCCGCUGAUUCGUGAUCUCGACGGCCGGGCCAGGGGCCCAGUAGACGAGAUCUCUCCUCUGAUUAUUGUUCCGAGUCAGCACAGCUUGCCAUGCCAUGCCACAUUGCCAGCCAUGCCAGCGAGAUGGCGCCGGCCUGCUCGCGGCUCAAUCUUUAUAAGGCUGCCCGUUGUCCACUUUUGCUAUUCUGGUUUGACUUCGCUGAUGUUACGUCUAUCGAGAGUUCACGAGCGCCCUGAUGGCAGAGAAAGUGGCAGACCUUUCAAAACUUGACACCGAGGUCAAGGUCAAGAAGACGAGGGCCAGCAAGCCAAAGGUCAAAACCGGCUGCCAGACAUGCAAAAUACGGCGCGUCAAAUGCGAUGAGACUAAGCCCAGCUGUCUGCGUUGCGUGAGAUUCGGUCACCAAUGUGACGGCUACUCGAACAAAUCUCCUUCCAAACCCGGUUUGUCAUCGAAAAGUUCCCGGACUCUAGUCCCCAAAUCCCCCACCCAAAGCCCCCUCUCGCCGGCCACAUCGCACUUGAACGCCUUUAGUCCAAUAUCAUCUUGCACUACAACAAAAUUAUACCCCUCACCACCGCGAAAUUUAUUUCAAAACCAGCAUGAGUCCGAAGCCUUCCAAACAUUUUGCACGCGGACGUCAUAUCAACUAUCAUCUGCCUUCUCCUCAGAUCUAUGGACCCGUCUCAUGGUCCAAGCAUGCGAGACCGAUCCAUCGAUCAGACAUGCAGUUAUAGCAAUAGGGGCAUUGAAUCUCACAGCUCCUUUGCCCGGGCCGGAUAGUUCAGUCGGGACACUGAAACACAACUUUGCGUUCCGGCAAUACAGUAAAGCACUUUGUCUGCUGCGGCGAGAUGUCGCGGGAGGAAUGUGUGAUUUGCGCACCACGCUGAUUGCGUGUUUGCUAUUCUACUGCUUUGAGUCGUUCCACGGCUACCACGAGCUUGCGAUUUCGCAAGUUUAUUCAGGCCUUAAAUUGAUCCGCGAAUGGACAACCUCUUACUACAAGCCAGAUGACAGCGGAAGGCGGCGAACGAGAAUAGGAAGUGAGGAUCCCUAUACAGUUGAAGAGGACAUCCUGCGCGCGUUUAGCAAUCUGGAAAUCCAGGUCAUGACAUACGCCGAUGGACGAAGUAGGGAAGCGCACGAGCACUACCGGCAUAUUGGGCAAGAGACAAUCGACGACAUGCCUCCAAUUUUCGGGAGUCUGCAAGAAUCAAGAGCGGUGUUGGAAUUGGUGAUUCGAAGAAGCAUGCACUGGCUCCGCAGCACCAUGCGUUUGCAAAACUUCUCAACGCCCUCCGGCAGCCCGAACGGAUCCCCCACUUGGGGCGAAGCCUCGGAUUCUCACCCAUUCUCCCUUUUCUUUGAUGUGGACCCUACUUUUGAGGAGCGACUGGAGACGAUGAAAGAAUACGAGCGGUGGGACGACGCUUUUAGACCCCUGCUAAACCGCUCGAGGAGUCGGUCUGCACCCGAGGAGGACUUUUUACUUGCUUCUACACUCCGGUUACACUGGUUGUCCGGAUAUUUAUCAAUCGCUUCUAAUAACAGUUACUCGAGCCUUGUCAACAACGGUCGUUUCACAACCGAGCUGGAAGAGCUGGUUGGCAUUUCUAGAAUUCUGCUCGGCAGGGGGGAGGAGCUGGGUAAUGGGGGGUUCGUCUUCGACAUGCAGAUUAUUGUUCCGCUGAUGACUGUCGGCUGGAUUUAUCGCCACCGAGCAUUACGGAGCGAAGCGAUCGAGCUGCUUCUACGGAGUCCGAGAAAAGAGGGCGUUUGGGAUGGGAUUGUGGUUGGGAAAAUUAUGGCUUGGCUGGCCCGCAUUGAAGAGGAAGGUCUGGAUGACGAGGCCAGUGAGGACGAGGAUUACGUGCCAGAGUGGGCGGCGGCACGGUGCAUCAAGAUGAGUUUCGACACUGAACGCCGCGAAGCCAGCGUCUCUUGUUUGCAGCCAGUACGGGGAUCUCCAAGUGGAGAGGAGGUUCGGAGGGAGGCGAUUAUACCAUGGUGAAAGUUGAGUUUAGUUUAAAUGAAAAAGUGAGGGUUUGGAUCCUCCCGGUUUGAUCGCCCGUUCCAAAUGUUUAUUGGUCACAUCCUCAACCAGACACAAAUACGAACCCACGAACUUUGCCCGAACUCAUCCUUGGAAGACGAAAAUGGAGGGUUCAGAGCACCGUCAUGUUGGUGUUGGCAAUCAAACACACAAGUCUGACACCUUGAGGCCGCAAACAUUCGCAGGACAAUCUAUUUACAUUACCCCGCAUAAUACGACAAUUUGGAUCGUCUGGGUAUUCUCCGCUGCGGGGACAAUUCUCGUGCCUGGCGUACUCAAAUGAUGGGAGGCCAAGAGCUCAGCUACUUUUCAGGAGUUUUCCAGCCAAAGAAGCUGCUUCAAUUGUUGACUUGUAAAACAUUCGUCCAAUAGACACGCAUUGCUCUCCGAUGAAGUAAAAAAGGGGGCAGUCGC